AUGAGGGGACAGGUGUUGAAACUGCUGCUCUUUUUGAAUGUCUUCUUUUUGGGGAGCCUUCUGGUCCUCACCAUCUGGUGUUCGAUGGAGAAAGAAUAUGAGAAACCUUGCUUCAAUCUACAGCAAAGCACCGUUUCAAGGAGCCUCCGCAGGGAGCGUUCGAAUCAGUUCAUAGAUUUCUGCUCUCAAGUCUCACAAACGGAAGAACCCAACAAUGAACCAUUGAGUGAGCCCAUCAAAGAAAAACCUGAAAAAAUGGCUGACAAGAAACAAGCUGCUAUGCAAUGUAAAGACUGCAGCAAAGACAAAUCUGAGAAAAUACCUGAUAAGAAGGAAGCUGCCAAGCAACGUAAACUCUGUCAAGACUGCAGGAAGAAAAUAACAGAAAUGCUACAGCCUUACUCCAAACCCUGGAAGAGACAGGAGGAAAAACACGAAGAAUUAAGAGUUAAGCUGAACUUAAAGGUCAGAGGUUAUGAAAAGGCCAUCAUUACUCAGAAAAACACUCUGGUGGGAUCAAAGCUUGCUGCAGAUGGAGAUAAAAAGAUGACGAUUUUUGAGGUGAAAUCGGAGCAUUUUGACACAUUUUUGAAGGAGUCUCCUUUUGCAAAUAAAACCUACAGUUCUUGUGCUGUUGUUGGGAAUGCUGGGAUCCUGGCAAACAGUAGCUGUGGAAAACAUAUUGAUUCAGCUGAGUUUAUCAUCAGGUGCAACCUUCCGCCUUUAAAUGGAUACGAGAAACACGUUGGGGUCAAGACGGACCUUGUGUCAGCAAAUCCGAGCAUACUUUUACAAAAGUAUGACUCUCUUUUAGGAAGUCGACGAAAGUUUAUGGAGAAUCUGUGCCAAUAUGGAAGCUCCAUGAUUCUGUUUCCUGCGUUUUCCUAUGUCAAAAACGUAGCUCUCUGCAUGCGGGCUUUCCACACGAUUCAGGACUUUGGGAGCCCCAUGCAACCAAUCUACUUCAAUCCAGAGUACUUAGCGGAUCUUGACACGUUCUGGCGCUCUCAAGGAUGGAAGGCUGUGCGUCUCAGCUCUGGCAUGAUUGUGACAAGCAUGGCCCUGGAACUGUGUGACACUGUCGACCUGUACGGCUUCUGGCCAUUCGAUCUUCACCCACAGACCUUCAAGGAGCUGACCAACCAUUAUUACGAUGACAUAAGAGGAAGGAGCGGAUUCCACGCCAUGCCGGAGGAGUUUAAGCUCCUGUUGCAGCUACACAGCGAGGGUAUACUUAGGCUCCACCUUGGUGAAUGUGAGUAGUCCCACAGGAACCUGUGUAUGCAGGUGUGUGUGUUUGCAGUUGUGGUUCUGCAUCAAGCAGAGGCCUGGGCAAGCCCCUCCUCCUGCCGCCCAAAACAAAACAAAAUGGAGGAAAUUAUUUAUAUUCUGUUCUGGGAUAAGCAGUGGUAUUUAUAAAGUUUUGAACAAGCUAGCUCAGAAACUGACCCAUACUUCCUCCCUCCUGACUAAACAAAUAUGAAGUGAACAUUCUUAAAUAUUUAUUAUGAAUCUGAAUGUCUGUGCUAGGAAAAUGGAAGGAAUGCUUUUUCACAUUCAUUGUUGUCCUGAAACCUUUAAGUGUCCAAGGUCACAAAGAUUUUAUGCAAAAUGUAACUUUUUUCAUGCAAGUGAAGUAUUUGUACAGUUUUCCAGGGAACAGAUCAGAAGGAAUGUCGUGGGAUAGAUGCAUAUAUUAAAAUAUUUUUCCAAAGGAUCACAUUUUCUUACUUCUGAUUCACUUUUUAUACAGUUCCUCACAAAAGUAUUUGCACCCUUUGAUUCUUUCACAUUUUGUCACAUUUUGUCUAUAAAUCUAAAUAUUCUGUUAGGACAACAAAGUA